AUGGGGCAAUACAAUGGCUCCUCCGAAUACAUAGGUAUCAACGAAGUACCUUCGCCCCGAGCAGCUCAGGGCAGGAAAGUAUCCGUUCUACCCCUCGUUUUCCUCAUAUUCUACGAGGUUUCGGGUGGCCCGUUUGGCAUCGAGGACAGCGUGAAAGCUGCUGGCCCUCUUCUUGCCCUUGCCGGCUUUCUCAUAUUCCCGUUCAUAUGGAGCGUGCCCGAAGCCUUGAUAACUGCCGAGAUGGGCACGAUGUUCCCCGAAAAUGGUGGCUAUGUUGUUUGGGUUUCUUCCGGGCUCGGCCCGUUUUGGGGUUUCCAGCAAGGAUGGAUGAAAUGGCUUAGUGGGGUGAUCGACAAUGCUCUCUACCCCGUUUUAUUUCUCGAUUAUUUGAAAUCGGGUAUCCCUGCAUUAGGCGAUGGCCUACCCCGAGUCUUAUCUGUUGUGGCUAUAACGAUUGUCUUGACUUACAUGAACUACAGAGGCUUAACCAUUGUAGGAUGGGUUGCUGUGCUUCUCGGUAUUUUCUCGAUUCUCCCGUUUAUAGUCAUGGGAGUCAUCUCAAUCCCAAAAUUAAAGCCAGAGAGAUGGUUAGUUGCCGAUAUACACAACGUGAACUGGAAUUUAUAUUUAAACACUCUAUUCUGGAAUCUCAAUUACUGGGACUCGAUAAGCACGCUGGCCGGAGAGGUCCAAAACCCCAAGAAAACCCUCCCGAAAGCACUAUUUUACGCUUUAGUCCUCGUAGUCUUGGGAUAUUUCUUCCCUUUAUUAACCGGAACCGGCUCGAUCCCCCUUGCUCGUGAAAUGUGGACCGACGGCUAUUUUUCCGACGUGGCCAAGAUUCUCGGCGGUGUGUGGCUGAGGUGGUGGAUUCAAGCGGCGGCGGCCAUGUCGAAUAUGGGCAUGUUUGUGGCUGAAAUGAGUAGCGACUCGUUUCAAUUACUUGGCAUGGCCGAGCGUGGCAUGCUUCCCGACUUUUUCGCGAAGAGGUCUCGUCACGGGACCCCACUCAUCGGUAUCUUGUUUUCUGCUUCUGGGGUGCUUUUGCUCUCGUGGCUGAGCUUUCAGGAGAUUGUGGCGGCCGAGAAUUUCUUGUACUGUUUCGGGAUGAUAUUGGAAUUUAUAGCUUUUGUGAGGCUUAGGAUUAUAAGCCCGGAUGCUCCGCGGCCUUAUAAGAUACCCGUGGGCACGUUUGGUGCGAUUCUGAUGUGCGUGCCUCCGAGUGUGCUGAUUGGGGUAGUUUUGGCGUUUUCGUCGCUUAAGGUUAUGAUUGUGAGUCUUGUUGCGGUUUUGCUUGGGCUUGUAUUGCAUCCUUGUUUGAAGCACAGCGAGAAGAAGAAUUGGCUUAGGUUCUCGAUUAGUGAUGACCUUCCGGAAAUUCGGACUUCUUCUAUUAAUCGUGAGGAUGAUGAGUCGAUGAUUGAAUGA